UCUGGCCUCCCCUCAAACACUCGAAUCUUCCACUCCACUCAACUCCCACGCUUCCUCGCCACCUUCCUUCCGCCUCUAUCGUCGCCGUGGAUGUCGGUGUUUUGCGGCCUGGAAUGUGUCGUCUGUCUCGGCUGUUCUCGUUGGGCCUGGAAGCGCCUUACCUACAUCGGUGCCUACGACUCAGAAUCAUGGCCACUUGCCACCACCGAAGCCUUCGAACCCGUACCCCGCAUCUGCCGCACCAUCCUCGCCGUCUACGAGCCCGACCUCUCCAACCCUCGCUUUCCCCCUCCAGGUGGCUAUGGAAUGAACCCUUGCUGGAUCAUCAAGCGCGUCGGCUACGAUCAGACACACGGCCGGUGCCCGCCCUACAUCAUCUACGCCGAUCACGACCAUCACGAGAUCAUCCUCGCCAUCCGAGGUCUCAAUCUCGUCCGCGAGAGUGAUUACAAGGUUCUUCUCGACAAUCGCUUAGGUAUGCAGAUGUUCGACGGCGGGUACGUUCAUCAUGGUUUGCUUAAGGCGGCGGUAUUCAUUCUUCAGCGCGAGACAGGGACGCUUCGGCGGCUGCUUUGUGAGCUGGGGCUGGAGAAUAAGCUCGUGCUCGCUGGGCAUUCGCUGGGAUCCGGCGUGGCGGCGCUGAUGACGGUCAUUGUGGUUAAUCACAGGGACAAGUUUGGGGGUAUAGCUAGAAACCAUAUUCGAUGCUACGCCAUCGCGCCGGCGAGAUGCAUGUCGCUUAAUCUUGCCGUGAAGUAUGCUGAUGUUAUCAAUUCUGUUAUUCUUCAGGAUGAUUUCCUUCCAAGAACUCCUACUCCCUUGGAGAAUAUUUUUGGAUCCAUCUUCUGCUUGCCCUGCCUGUUAUUUUUUGUCUGCAUGAAAGAUACUUUUAUACCAGAAAGUAGAAAGCUUAAGGAUCCGAGAAGGCUUUAUGCCCCUGGUCGAAUGUAUCACAUUGUUGAGAGAAAAUUUUGCAGAUGUGGAAGAUACCCUCCUGAAGUGAAGACUGCAAUUCCAGUUGAUGGCCGGUUUGAGCACGUCGUCCUAUCUUGUAAUGCGACAUCCGAUCAUGGACUCAUAUGGAUAGAACGAGAAGCGCAGAAGGCGCUAGAUUUGAUGAAGGAAAACGCUGAGCCUCCUUCUGCUCCAGCCCUGCAGAGUAUGAGUAGAAAGCAAAACCUGGAGCACAAAGAUGCAUUGGAAAGAGCAGUCAGUCUCAAUGUUCCACAUGCAAUCUCACCUCCAGAAGAAUCCACUUCAGAAAACCGGGACGAAACGGCGACUUCAACUAAUGGUUCGAAGUCCGGCGGGAAAGCCAACUGUGAUGACCUGGUUGAGUAGCUCUUCACUCGAAGCGGAUCUGGUAACCUCAUCCUGAAGAACGACAUCAGUAGGGCUAACUAAGAAUUUAGGGAAAUUUGACAUAUACAUAGCACACAAUUCUUAUUUGCUUACAUAUCUCACACCUAAACUUUCAUAUUUACUUACCACUUUGGUGCCUUAAAACUAUAUAUGAAAUGUAUUUCACUUUUUAAGAAAAUGAUAAUAGU